AUGCAUCUUCGGGUGCCAACAUCUCAGGCAGAGCCUCAGACCAUUGAAACAAUUAAUGAGAGCACCUCUGCUGUUGCCCGUGAAGAUGAAUAUGUACGGAUUACUAGGUACAUAUCUUUCACGCGAGACGUUAGACAUUAUGUUGUACUCAUUUUGGCUCCGCCGCGCCGAUUGGACGGGCAAGACAACGACCUGAUGUGGGAAUCUGAUGUGAAGAUGUUCCGCCAACCAUACACAGCCACUAUGUUGUGUGAAAACCUAGCCGUUUUAAAUGAUGCAGUCAAACUAGACAACGGUCAGAAGGUCGUUCUCAAGAAAGUAUCAACCGACUCUCAAGAGAUUCCGCUUGCUACGCUUCUGUCUUCUAAAACAUGGAAAGAGGAUCCCAGAAAUUGCUCUGUGCCUAUACUAGACGUCAUCAUGAUUCCGGGCGAUGAUGCUCAUGCCCUUUUGGUUAUGCCUCAGCUUCUAGCCUUUCACUUGCUUCCGUUUAGAUUUUUUGGAGAAUUCUCUGAAUUUGCUCUACAGAUACUCCAAUGGAACUAUCACUGA